AAAAGCUCAGAGAUUCACGAUGAAAAAGUAUCAGUUGUUCAAUCCAAUCAACCGAGUCCAACAUGAAACUGUUUGUUGUCGCUGCCCUCUUGGUCGUUGCUGCUUCCGCAGCUCCAUUUGACUACGCUUCUCCCGCAGCUCCAUUCGACUACGUUCCUCCCUCUUACACCGCGCCCCUAAUCACCAUCACGCCCGAUGGCAGCAUCAGGUGGAAUUACACUGAAUCGAAUUAUACUGCCCUUGAAGAAUCCCAGAACCAGAAGUACCAGGCCACCAGUUCCGACUCUUACGGAAGUAACACCAACCGAGGAUCUUAUUUCUCGAUCUCUCCCGAAGGUGAGAAAAUCAUGCUGCCCUGGACUGCCGACAAAAAUGGAUUCCAGGCCAGCGGUUAACACUUGCCCGUUGCUCCCGUCCACGUCUACGAACUCCCAGUUGCUCCCGUUCACGUUUACUAGAUUCCAGUUGCUUCAGCUCUACCUUACAGGCUAUCGGACAUGUUGAAUCUGAAACAAGAAUUUGGAAAAAUGUCCCAAAUCAUUCCUGUACUGUGGCAUGACACUGAAUUUGUUGGAGUAAAAAUCAAAUUACACAAAAACGUCAAUUCGAA